CCCUCGUUCCACCUACCACCACUUCCCUCUUUGAGGGAAGUGUUGCGCAUCUAUGGUCUUCGAGCACAAAAACAACUGGCACAAAAUUUCCUUCUUCAGCCGGCCUCUUUAAAUGGCUUUGUGAAACGGGCCGGCAGUCUACGCGAUGCCUAUGUAUUAGAGGUUGGUCCCGGUCCGGGUGGGCUCACCCGAGCGAUACUGUCUUGUCGACCAAAGCACCUGGCCGUUGUCGAACUGGAUAGGCGCUUCAUUCCCGGUUUGGAGGAACUACGAUUGGCCGCGUUUGAAAUGGGCAUACAGAUGGACAUAUAUCGAAGUUGGAAAACGGGCUUACCAAAUUUAGUUGAUUAUUCUCAAAGAGACAUACUUGUAAUGCAAAUUCAGCUAGUUUCGGCCUACACUAGACUGUUUCGACCAACAAAUUUUCGUUUGAUGACCACGAUAAGCUGCUGGAAGAAGCCGAUAACUGAAUGUUUGUGUUGUGAACCUUAA